CACCCGCAGCCGGGCAUACCCUAACACACCUUGACCGGUCAGACGCUUGGCACCUCUGACAGAGCAGAUUUGAAAAGAGAAGAAGACAGAGGGAAUAAGAGAAAGAGGAGUGCGUUGUUUUGUUUUUGCCCGAUGCCACACACUGGGCUCGCAGACAUGGAGAACACUUGAGGCAGAAGUGCGGGGACGUACGGAGGAAUUAUGCUGCUGACUAAAGUUUGUGGAUAUUUCUAAAAGAAUUUUUCGUUUUAUUCAUAUUUGCAAGAAAUUACAAGGAGUGAACAGUCUGCAGAUGAGACGCUGAAGACAAGAGCUCCCCCAGAAGCAUGGCGGCCAUUAACCCUUCGCCCUGCCAACUUUUCUUCUUCUUUUCCUGUCUGGUGGUCCGGCCAGCCGUCGCUCAGGACACUCUGGCCUUCUCCACUGUGACGGUAGCGGAGGGAGACUCGGCCGUCGUCCCCACCACGUUGGCCAACCAGACGGUCAACACCUACGAGGAGACGACCCCGAGUGCUCCUCCAGAAACCGGUCUCUCCACUCCCAACAGCGGUGGAGACGGAGAUGAUGAAGAUCUGCCUCCAUCAGGGGGGACGCGUUGCCAGGGUUACUAUGACGUCAUGGGCCAAUGGGACCCUCCGUUCAACUGCAAUGCCGGCGUCUUUCUGUACUGCUGCGGCACCUGCUUUUAUCGGUUCUGUUGCCAGUUCCGGCAGCAGCGGCUGGACCAGACCAUUUGCUCCAACUAUGACACCCCCAUCUGGGCCAACACCGGCAAGCCAGUGGCCACCAUCACGGACAGCAACGGGGACCAGGACCGGGACCGCACACACCUCAUCGUCUACAUCAUCUGUGGUGUGGUGGCCGUCAUGGUGCUGGUGGGCAUCUUCACCAAGCUGGGUCUGGAGAAGAGCCGUGGAGGAAGCGGCGGGAUGGCAGCGGUGCCUCAGACUGACCUCAACUCCAGGACAUUGACAGACCUGCUGAAGCAGCAAGGAAGCGAGGUGAGCUCAGUAGAACACGCUGUGACCACUUCACCCAGCAGAGGGAGAGCCAACGGCACCUCAGCCAGGAUACUGCGCAGUCGGAGCGAACAAUACCAACUGAAUAACUCAGCCUACGGGCUGCUUGGACAGGGGCUCCCGCACCCGCAGAGCAACCACAGCACUCUGGGACUGAACAAAUAUACUUCGCUCAGAGCUGUGGCGGAAACGGCAUCCCGCGGCUAUUACAAGAGCUUCCCUGUCAUGGACUUCUCCCAGUACCAGCAUGUCGGACCUCCUGCCUUCCAGCCUGUACAACACAAAGAGAAGUCAUACAUCCACCAGCCCCUACCAGCGCACCACGACAUCCACGCCCCCCUCUCUAUCUCCAUCCCCUCCAGCCACCUGGAGCACUCACGCCUCCCCAAGACCACCACGCACCCAUUUAUCUCCAGCUCGGCCUUCAAGGCCUGGGAGCCGUCCGACCGCCACGUCCACAGGCAAACCUCCGUCCCGUUACACAGUUCCUCGUCCGUGCACGGCUCCUCCCGGAGACACGGCUACUCAACGCGGAGGCAGCAGAGCAUAGAGAACAUGCCAGAUGUCUUUAAUCUCCCCUAUGGGGGGAUGUAUGGGAGAGCUGGCGGAGGAGCAGGCCAGGGGCAGCACACGUCUCAGCCCCCCUAUUACCACCACUCCAGGCAGAAGAGCUACUCCACCCACAGUGCGACUGAGGUGACGGUCUGAGUGUGUCAGAGAGAGCGGCCGGCCACAAUGUCAAACUGAAAUAGCUCUGUUCUUGGCCAAAUACCAGGCUUCGAGGCAGUUUGUCCAACAUGUAAGAGAUCAAAUGAGGGAGACUUUUCCAGAUAUUCAUAAUGAUAGGGGUGUUUACAUAAGUGGUAACAGUCCGAUCUAAGCAGAACCACCCCUUUUACUGAUAAUGGACUCAGACUAACAGACCCGGCUCUGCAUAAAAGUUGUCUUGAAAGCACUUACAUGUUCCUCUAGGUCUUCACAGACGGUCCUCACAGACUCUUAACCACAUAGCGGCUUCGCAUCUGCAGUGGCGUUUCAGCAUGGUUGAUAAGACCUCCUGGAGAUGUAUAUGUGAAAAAAAGAAAAAUCCUAUUUCUACCUUUUCAAGACUGUUUCUUUGCUUGUGUAACAGUUUGAUAAAACUUUUGGGUCUAAAUAUUGAAACCAAAGCUUAACGUGUACUAUUUCUACUGCCAACCUUUUUUGACACGAGCACUAGCCCUCGCUUACAUGUACGCAUGGGAAGCAUCAUCAGCAUUUCUGUCUAUAGACUUUAAAAGAGGUGACAUGAAGCGUUCCCAAACUAGGUCUGUUAGAUGGAAGUGAACCUCCUCAAUCUCUGGCGUUGUUGUGAAACUUUUCCUUCCGGUUUGUAUAAGCGUUACUUGCCUUCAAAUCAGAGUAGAUUUCAGAGAGAACAUAUUUUUUUCAGUUGUUUUACUACAGUAUGUAGUGAAAUUUAAUGGCCGUAAUAAGAAUAGCUGGACUUCCUUACGUUGAACAUCAAGUUCAGUGUUUCAUACAGACUAACAGAGGCAAAUGCAAACGGGGGCAUUCGGGAAAUUGUACAUGGGGGCGGGGCCGUAUCAAAGCACCAGACAAACUUACGUGUAAACUUAGCAGGAAAAACUUUGAUUAGCUAUUUGUUGGUGCAAUGAAAGCACAUCAGAGAAGCAGUGCCAAGCACUGCUGCAACACGGGUCGAGAGUACCCUGUGAAACCAAGUAUGUUCUUUAUAUUGGCUCCAUAAGUAUUUCAUCUAAAGACAUAAGAAUGAUGACAUCAAAAUUUAAGGGCAGUGAUUCUGUGUAUGGAUACUCUGGAUGUUUCCAGUUGUAUUUUGUAUUUUUCAGAGUUUAAUCAUAAAUAAUGUCAAACCUAUUACGGUCUCUUUACGGAUGACGUUUUUAAGUUACCUCCUGUUUCCACUUGUUAAACACCUCUAUUGUUCUGAGUCUCUCGGUCUACCUCCACGCAGAGCUGUUUUCUCAUUCCUUUCUCUCCUUUUUUUGACCCUUUGUGCCAAAUUUCCUACUUUGCAUUCUUUGCCAUCAGGCCAAGCGUACAGGGACAACAUCCCCCCGGGUCACAUUAGCUCCACGGUGAGGACAAUGCCACCAUCAUGUCAGCUUCCAUCAGCCUCCAUCCCAACCAGAGAGACGCAGGCGAGGAGAGGGAGGGCGGGCCAUCGUAAGACCCAGAGGCGGGAAGUCUUUAGAAAAAAGGAGAAAAAGAGCGGAAAGAGAAUAGAAAAACAGAACCUACAUGGCUACGUGUUUUCCUUCCUCGAGGGAAGGGAAGGGAAAGUCAGCGUGGAUCUGAGCCUCUCGCCACUGAACUAUCUGAGUCACAACUAGACGCCUCUGUGUGAUUUCUUACUCGCAGGCCUCUUUGCUGGGGAAUGCGCUGAGGCACUUCUGGGCCCGGGGCAUUUGAUAUCUCUAAUUUCAGCUCUCAGGCGUGGAUAGCAAUGGACACUUGAUGAGAACGUGCAACAUUUGACGCAACACUUACGAUGGACGUGUUGGUGAAGAGCUGCGGCUGAAGUACCGUCAAGAAUUGCAAUCCACAUAAAUUGGUAAAAGGAAAAAAAAUGUUUGAAUCCAAUCCACUUGGGCAGAAAAAAAGAGCAAGAAAGAGCAAGACACAUAAAUACACACACAGGGAUUAUAGUCAAUAUUACAGAGCCCAUAUAAUGCACAUGUGUUUAUCAUAAAAGUGUUUUUCUCAACAUCUUUUUCACAGCUUUUUAUGUGGUUCCUGUGUCUUUAAGGCGCACCUUGCAGGAGUCCAUAUCUAAUCCCAAUAGUCAAUUGAUUUAUCAAUAACAGCACAUCAGCUUACUGUUGUUUGAGGUGUUCAAAACUAGCAACGUCGCAGCAGUUGUGCAAAUGUGUUUAAUAGUGAAAGAGACAAAUCACCAAAGAAAGGCUCCACUGCUAACAAGACACUUCGGUUGCAGCUUCACGUGGUACGAAAUAACUUUAAUUCAUAUGCUCUCUGGGUUUUGUGACCUUUCAGGACCAAAAAGUCCAAAAAGCAUGAAGAAGCUUCUUUUAAAUAAUGUUCAGUUAUUCAAUGAGAGGCACAAAUGUCCUGAUGAUGCUCCAGACACAAAACACUGCAAAGAUGAUAUUUUUCAAAAUGCAAAAUGUCUCAGAUUCUGGAAAAGUGAUAACACUCAUGUAAACUUGCAUUAACAAUU